UCAUGGUGUGUCUGUCUUCUUUCUCUUCCUGCACUGCAGUGUGUAGAUCUCCAAAUCGGCAGCCGUGAAGUUGAAGCUGGAGGCCAGCAUGGCGUGGCCCUUGUUGUCGAUGGUCCCGAUGUACUUCUUGUCGGCCGGCAGCUCCUUCUUCUUCACCCACUGCUGGCAGCUGCGAACAUCGCCUGCCGGGCCGUCCACGUCAAUCCCCAGCCACAGGCGGCCAGGAGAAUCGUCGGUUAUGUCACCGAUGCACACCAUGGCGCGUGCCUCACCGCUCUUGUCCUUGACCGCCCCCUGUGUGCCCGCCACCGUCACGUCCUGCUCCUUCUUGGGCAGGUCGAUCUUGGUGAUGCCGUCGCCCUCGAAGGCACCGCACACCGAAAACAGCGACACAGCACAGGGGGUCGUCGCCACUUGAGUGGGGUCGGCGGGCGGAGAGAGUCCGCCCUCGAUGUGGGCGGCGAUGAUGGGGCCGCUGGGGUCUUUGAGGAGCAGCAGGAGGUCGGUGGCGUCGCCCACAUUCUUGAUCAU